AUGGAAGUCAUUGAAGAAAACUCACAAGAAAAUGAAAAUUUGGAAGAUCAAAGGGAAAGGAAACAUAUAGUUGACUUGGCAACUAAUCGGUACGAACAUCCACGUGAACUUCUUCGACAAGUACAUAUUAAUUUUGAAAGGGAAGAAGAGGAGCCAAGGCAAGGACAGAUGAUAUUACAUGGCAGAGAAAUAUUAAGAGACAAAUAUGAGCGCGAACGAGAGACUUCCCGUGCGAGAGAUAGACAGAGAAGAAGGGAAGAAUUAGAAGAGAGAGAAUUACAAAGCGGAUUACGUCAAGUUGAUUAUGAUGAUCGAGGUAAGAGACGCGAGCGUCAUCACAUGAAUGAUACAGAACAAGGUCGAGUUACACCACAAAAAAGAGAGAUAUCAAGACAUCGAUAUGAUCGCUCAGAUCUAUUAUAUACCCAAAUCUUCAGAAUAAAGGAUACAAUAACAAUAUCGGAGCUGCGCGAAUUUCAAGAAGAAUACAUAACACUUGAGGAAAAGGAAAGAGAUAUGGAGUCUUACCCAGUCCCAAUAUGUGAUUUGAAAGGUGGAAAUACAAGUUUACUUCUGAGGCUGACAAAUGUUGUUGCGAGUACAUCGCAGGGAAAUUAG